AAUAGUGUGAAUGAAGUUUUUAAAGAAAAUGGCGCCAAAUCAUCAGUUUUUAUUAAAUUCUCUACCGUUAGAACCGGUGUCACGUACCUAUCAGUACCGUAAAAUAAUGAAACCAAUGCUGGAGAGAAAACGCCGUGCCAGAAUUAACAAGUGUUUGGAUGAACUGAAGGAUCUAAUGACGGGAACUUUGAAAGCGGAUGGGGAAAAUAUAUCGAAGCUAGAGAAAGCGGACAUACUUGAACUAACCGUGCGCCAUUUGCAUCGUUUACGUGAAACAAAUGCACUUUUCGUACGCAACAAUGAAACCAUUAAUAUGGAAAAAUUCUGGGCUGGCUUUCAGCAUUGUGCAGCGGAGGUCUCACAAUUUCUGAAUAAAUACGAUCGCAGUAUUAGCAGUGAUUUAAUAAAACAUAUUGCAAAUUAUGUGCCAAAUAUUUUAACAACGCCAACAGGAAAGGAUGCUGCAGGAAAUGUGAUUCUACCAGUGAAUGCAGCUACACCCAGUGGAAGUAUGGCAACAACAGCAAAUUACCAAAGAUAUGCCAUGGCUAUGAGCCAGUUUACGCCAAAACUACAGUUCGUUACAUCAACGGCAAACAUGAAUGGUGCAGAAAUUGCUGCUCAGAGCACACCUGCUGCGCAUAAUUACGGAACCACAACUGUUGCAACAACACACAAAAUACGAUUGCAUCCGUAUGCCAGAGCUAUAAAAGUGGAGGGCGUUUGGCGGCCAUGGUCAGGCUAAGUAGCGUUAUGCUUAUCUAAUAUUAUUUAAGGAAUGUAAACUUAAGCUUAAGAAUGCU